AUGCAGAAAACUCCUCUUUUUUAUUUUCAUUAUUCAAGUGGCAAACUUCACCUCUUUGCUAAUAAAAAAAGUCGACAGGAAAGUUUGGGCGAAGGUAGUGGCAUAGAAAUCAUAACUAAUGAACCUUAUAGUGACGGUCCAGGAGGUUCAGGUCAAUAUACAUUCAAGAUUUAUCAUAUUGGUAAAAAAAUUCCAGUUUGGUUACGAAGUGUAUUACCAACAAAUGCAUUGGAAGCCCAUGAAGAAGCUUGGAAUGCUUAUCCUUAUACCAAAACUCGUUAUUCAUCACCGUUUUUGGACCGUUUUAAUAUUGAAGUAGAAACAAAGUAUUACAACGAUGCAGGCAUUCAGGACAAUAUUUUUGAACUUACUAAAGAUGAACUGAAAAAUCGAAUUGUUGAUAAAAUGGAUUUCGUAAACGAUUCAAUAUCAGCGUAUGAUUAUAUACCUGAAGAAGAUCCAAAAUUGUAUCAUAGUAUAAAAACUGGACGUGGGCCUUUAAAAGCGGAUUGGAUCGAUGACUGUGUAAAAAAUGGGAAACCCAUCAUGUGCGCUUAUAAACUCUGCAAAGUUGAAUUUCGAUUUUGGGGUUUACAGACUCGUGCAGAACGUUGGAUACAUAAUUAUGCGUUACGUAAUACAAUGUUGCGCGCUCAUAAGCAAGCUUGGGCUUGGCAAGAUGAGUGGCAUAAUCUUACACUUGACGAUAUCAGGAAAUUGGAACAAGAUGUUGCCGAACAUUUGUCGAAGGUAAUGGCUCGAUCAUUAUUGUCUGUUUCAUCUUCUAUUUAUUUUGAUUGCUUGGAAAACAGUGCUGUAUCUGAAGGUUACAAUUUGCCAUCGUUGAUUAACUGGGAUUCAGACACAUCACUUCAUGACGGUCACGAAACACCACCUGAAACUCCUCAAGCAGAACAAAACAUAAAGAUGUCUGCUGUAGUACCUGGCAUCUCACUGCUUGUCAUUUUUCUUUACACUAAUAUCUUUCCUGAUACUUUCGAUGAAAAUGUAAUCGAUCCUAAUUCGCUACGUUUAACGAUUGAAAAACAAAUUGCCAAUAUUGAUGUUGAUAUUAGAAGACGUGUUCAUUUUUUACAAAUAUGUUGCGGUCAGGAAUUCGCUGACAUAGCUUCACGUUUAAUAUCUGUUUCACCAUCAUAUGGCUUUGUUCAUCCUACUUCAGCCUUACUUUUUUCGUCAUCACAUUACUAUGAAAAGUGGGAUUCACUUGCUUUCCAACCAGAUCUUAUAUUUCUUCUAGGAUGCCCUCUUGCCUACCUUUUGAUUCAGCGGAAAUUUUAUGGAUAUGAAACUAAAUCAUUAAGAUGCAAUCAGCUGUUUAAUUUGUAUUAUUCGUUAGAUGCAUGUGGUGCACGGCUUGAACCAGUAUUGAAUCCUCAGCUUACAAUGUUAUUACCUGUAAAUGUUCCUCGUUUUAAUGAUUUUACUACAGCUGACAAAGAUUGUGAUAGUAUCAUAAACUCUUCAUUACUUUGGAGUAACCAACGAAUCGAUCAGAUUCUGCACUGUCCCUAUGGUAUUCCAUUGCCAAAACUCCUUCAUGCAUCUUACUGGGAAAGUGACGAUGUAGCUGCUUUUAUUCUCAGGCAAUUUUUUAAUUCAGAAAAGGUUUCUCCUGGAAAGUUUGGAGAUACGACCGCAUUUCCACUAGAAGUAAAUCUUAACCCGCCAGUAUGGAAUAAAAAGCGAACCAAAUACAAGAUUGCUAACUUGUCACCAAAUUACAGUGGAAAUGAUGUUAUAUGUAUAGAAGGGAUGGAGCAAGUGAUUCAUGCGCGAUUUUGUUACGGACCAAUGGAUUUAGUAGCGUUAAGUCGUGAGUAUAUUUCUGCGUAUGUACGACCAUUUGGUGGUGAUUGGCAGUUGAUUAAAACAGAUAUGACUGAUUCACACGGCAAAAUUGCAUUUCAGGCUUGUUUAGCUGCGCUUAUUUUUCUUGGAAAUAAACUUCCGAUCGGCGCACACUGUGUCAAGUCGAUUGUGCAUGGGGAUCACUCUUUUCUUGAUUUGUUCCUCGUUGUUGCCCCAGUCGGAGAAGAAUUCGUGGUGUUUAGUGUUGACGGAUCCCUUACGAGUUCAAUGUCUGUUACUGGACGUGAUCCGCGAGUAAGACCGGGUGCUGUCGAUGUAGUGCGCUAUUGGCAUGAUUUGGGCUAUACUAUAAUCUACAUCACGGCGAGACCAGAUAUGCAGCACAGAGUUGUAGCUUUAUGGCUAACACUUCAUAAUUUCCCUCAAGGGCUCUUAAUUUUCACUCCAUCAUUUUCAACUGAUCCUCUGAAACAAAAAGUUCUUCAUUUAAAAAGCUAUUUGGAUAUGGGUUUGCAUAUAACAGCUGCGUACGGAAGUAGCAAGGAUGUUUCCGUGUACAAUAACGCUGGGAUGAAAUCGGAGCGAAUAUUUUCAGUAACAGGAGGAAAACGAAGCUGCACAAACAUUGAUUCAUAUGCAUCACAUUUAAAAAGUCUAAAUGAAGGAAUGUUCGACUUUGCAAAACCAUUUGAUUCAUCGCUUAUCUUUCCUUACCCGAGCCCAAUGGGUCGUAAUAAUCGCAGGAAUAUUAUGCAACGAAAUCAUUCUUUUACACCACGCAGUGGGCGGCAGUUAUCUGAUAAUAUCUAA